AUGUUCGCACGACAGGCUCUCCAGCUUUCGAGCCGCGCGAGAUAUUUCAGCGCGACCGCCGCUCGGCCCGCCGCGGAAGUGAAGAGGUUGGGUGUUGUAGGCGCGGGACAGAUGGGCCUCGGUAUUGCGCUGGUUGCAGCUCAGAAGGCCCAGGUGCCAGUAACACUGGUUGACUCGUCACAAGCCUCCCUGGACAAGGGAUUGGCCUUUGCAGAGAAACUCCUUGCCAAGGACGUCUCCAAGCAGCGCAUCACCCAGGAGCAGGCCGACGCCGCCCGAGCCCUGCUCCAGCCCACCACCUCCAUCGACGACCUCUCCUCGGCCGACUUCGUCAUCGAGGCCGUACCCGAGGUCCCCCAGCUCAAGUUUGACGUCUUCGCCAAGCUCGCCCAAAUCUGCCCCAAACACGCCAUCCUGGCUACUAACACCUCAUCCAUCUCCAUCACCCGCAUCGCAGCCUCCACCACGGCCGGCAACCCGAACGACACCACCAGCAGCUCGCGCGUGGUUGCCACCCACUUCAUGAACCCCGUCCCUGUGCAAAAGGGAGUGGAAAUAAUCUCUGGUCUUCAAACCUCUCCUAAGACCCUCGAGAUUGCCGUGGCGUUCUGCAAGCAACUCGGCAAGAUCACGUCCGUCUCGGCCGACUCCCCGGGCUUCCUCGCCAACCGCAUCUUGAUGCCCUACAUUAACGAGGCCAUCAUCUGCCUCGAGACCGGCGUCGGCAACCGCGAUUCCAUCGACAGCAUCAUGAAGAAUGGUACCAAUGUGCCCAUGGGCCCGCUGCAGCUCGCCGACUUCAUCGGCUUGGAUACCUGCCUGGCCAUCAUGAAGGUGCUGCACACCGAGACGGGUGACUCAAAGUACCGGCCGAGCGUGCUGCUCAAGAAUAUGGUCGAUGCUGGCUGGCUGGGCAAGAAAAGCGGCAAGGGCUUCUACGAUUACUAG